UCCAAAAUCAUCGGAUCUUUCUCGUACUUUUCCGUAACUGGUUAGAGAAAAUGCCGAGUAGUUACGAUUAGAGUUUUAUUUAUGUGCGAACAAACUCUGGCGGAAGUUUGACAGAUAUGAUGGAGGGAAAAUUCCAGUUCGCUAUAGACAGAGGAGGUACUUUUACAGAUGUAUGGACAAGAUGCCCUGGGGGUGAAAUUAAAGUCAUGAAACUUUUGUCGGUGGAUCCACAAAAUUACAAAGAUGCUCCGAGGGAAGGAAUAAGACGGAUUUUAGAACAGGAAACAGGGGUUGAAAUGAAUGCAGAUAAACCAAUUGAUACAUCUUACAUUGACUGGAUCCGAAUGGGCACCACCGUAGCUACUAAUGCACUCCUAGAGCGAAAAGGAGAACCCAUGGCUCUGGCAAUCACCAAAGGGUUUAAGGACUUGUUAUACAUAGGAAACCAAGCUAGACCUCAGAUAUUUGAUCUUGAAAUUUCUGCUCCUGAUCAGCUUUACUGUGAAGUUAUUGAGGUGGAAGAGAGAGUGGUAUUCCAGCAAGAUAAAUGUCAGAUUCAAAAAUCAUGUGACAAGGUUACUGGGGUCACAGGGGAAAAGUUGGAGAUCUGGGAGAAAGUUAACAGUGAGAAACUUAAGAAAGAUUUGCAAAUGCUCCUGGACAGAGGAAUUCGCAGUCUUGCUGUGGUUUUACUUCACUCAUACACAUAUGCAGACCAUGAGAGAGAUGUGGGCACAAUUGCACGAGAAAUGGGUUUUCACCAUGUGUCUCUGUCAUCUGAUGUAAUGUCCAUGGUGAGGGUGGUCCCUCGUGGAUACACAGCUUGUGCUGAUGCCUAUCUGACACCACACAUUAAGAAAUAUGUCGCUGGAUUCUCCUCUGGUUUUAAAGACAACAUUCAGAACACAUCAGUUCUUUUCAUGCAAUCAGAUGGGGGUCUAACACCAGUCGAUAAAUUUAAUGGUUCCAGAGCAAUAUUGUCAGGUCCUGCGGGAGGAGUUGUGGGUUAUGCCUUGACAACUUACAACGAAGACACCAAACAAGCUGUUAUAGGCUUUGACAUGGGAGGUACAUCUACAGAUGUCAGCAGGUACGCCGGUCAGUAUGAGCAUGUUUUUGAAACCACGACUGCUGGAGUCACCAUCCAGGCGCCUCAGUUGGACAUAAAUACAGUGGCAGCUGGAGGUGGAUCCAUGCUUUUCUUCAGAGCAGGGAUGUUUGUGGUUGGUCCAGAGUCUGCAGGUGCUGAUCCAGGUCCAACCUGCUACAAGAAAGGUAGCCAUCAGAGGUAUGCUGGUAUUUUAUCUGCUUAUGGUAUGGCUUUGGCUGAUGUGGUUUAUGAAGCCCAGGAACCGUGUGCCAAAGAAUAUAGUCAUGAGGGCUUUGAUUAUUUUGAACAUCAUAUUUCUGAGUUACAAGAUAAAUGUUACAAAGAGCUCAUGAGUCAAGGAUUUCAGAGAGAACAGAUAAAAACACAGCCCUUCCUACACAUGCGGUACGACAGGACUGAUUGUGCAUUAAUGGUUUCCUCUGACGAUCACCCAGCCAAUGAAAGUUCCUGUAAUUCAGGUGACUUCAGAUCUGCAUUCCAAGAAAGAUAUCAGACAGAGUUUGGUUUCACUAUUCCCAAUCGCCCAAUCAUAGUAGAUGACAUCAGGGUAAGAGGAGUGGGGAGGGCACUGACCCGUGAAGAAAAGGACAUGCCUGCUGCAAGCUCUGCCCCUGUGGCUGAUACGACAACCAGCUGCUAUUUUGAUUCUGGUCACCAGGAGACUAAAGUUUAUCUUUUGGAGAAUUUGUCAUUUGGUCACUCCAUUGAGGGUCCAGCGAUUAUCAUGAAUGGCAACAGCACAAUUCUGAUUGAGCCAAACUGCACAGCUGGGAUAACAAAGCAUGGAGAUGUUGAAAUAAAGGUAGACAGUGGAACUGUGAAGCGUGUGGGGCCAGAUUUGGAUGCCAUUCAGCUGUCUAUAUUCUCUCAUAGGUUUAUGAGCAUUGCUGAGCAGAUGGGAAGAGUCUUGCAAAGAACAGCCAUUUCAACAAAUAUCAAAGAGCGUCUUGAUUUUUCCUGUGCAAUGUUUGGUCCAGAUGGAGGCUUAGUGGCCAAUGCCCCUCAUAUCCCUGUACAUCUUGGGGCAAUGCAGGAAACAGUUCAGUUCCAAAUUAAACAACAAGGAGACAAAUUGAAAGAGGGAGAUGUAAUUUUAGCUAACCAUCCCCAGGCUGGGGGGAGUCACCUACCUGACUUAACAGUCAUUACACCAGUAUUCUGGCCAGGAGAGGCAAAGCCUGUGUUUUUUGUGGCCAGUCGAGGUCACCAUGCGGAUAUAGGGGGAAUAACUCCAGGAUCAAUGCCUCCUCAUUCAAAGUGCAUCCAAGAGGAAGGAGCUGUGUUUAAAUCAUUUAAGUUAGUGGAACAAGGAAAAUUUCAAGAGGAAGCUGUGACUGAAGCUCUGAUGGAGCCUGGCAAUUAUCCUGGUAGUAGUGGAACACGUAACCUUGGUGAUAACCUCAGUGACCUGAAAGCUCAGGUUGCAUCAAAUCAAAAGGGUAUAAAACUUAUCAAAGAGCUGAUAGAGGAAUAUGGACUAGACGUAGUGAUAGCGUACAUGGCUCACAUCCAGAACAAUGCCGAGAUAGCAGUGAAAGAGAUGCUAAAGGAAAUUGCAAGAAGAACAAGGGAGAGAACUGGUAGCACACGACUGUCAGCCGAGGACUACAUGGAUGAUGGAGCCAAGCUUUGUCUGACUGUAGAUAUUGAUGAGGAAAAGGGGACAGCUGUGGUGGAUUUUACUGGGUCUACCUGUGAGGUUUAUGGAAAUUGCAAUGCCCCAAGGGCAGUAACUCUGUCUGCACUCAUCUAUUGUCUUAGGUGUAUGGUUGGACAUGAUGUUCCACUGAACCAGGGAUGUUUGAAGCCGGUGACAACCAUUAUACCCAGAGGUAGUAUGCUGGAUCCCUCAGAAAAUGCAGCCGUCGUUGGAGGAAAUGUCCUGACCUCCCAGAGAAUUGUGGAUGUUAUUCUUAUGGCCUUCCAAAUCUGUGCGGCUUCACAGGGCUGCAUGAACAACAUCACCUUUGGGGAUGAUGCCUUUGGUCACUAUGAGACAGUGGCUGGAGGGGCAGGAGCUGGGCCCACAUGGAAUGGUAGAAGUGGUGUGCACACUCACAUGACCAACACUCGUAUUACGGAUCCUGAAAUCUUAGAGAGAAGGUAUCCAGUAAUUCUGAAGCAGUUUCAUCUGAAUCCAGGGACAGGUGGUGAGGGCUACCACCAUGGUGGGGACGGAAUAAUCAGAGAGUAUAUGUUCCGCAAAGAUCUCACCCUCUCCAUCCUCACAGAGAGAAGAGUGUUCUCCCCUUAUGGUUUAAAAGGUGGAGAAUGCGGAUCUAAGGGAGUCAAUCUUAUUUGUUACAAAGACGGACGAGUGGUGUACCUGGGAUCCAAAACUUCUAUAAACUGUCAGGCAGGGGACGUUUUCUGUCUCCAGACUCCAGGAGGUGGAGGUUACGGAUCUGCACAGGAACAGGAAACGGAGACCAGAAAAAGGAAACAGAAGUCAUAUGAUGAAGGAUCAAAGGCCAAGAAAGGUCACACUUUGGUUGGUCGAGGAAGUGUAUUCGAGUACAAAAAAUCUCAGGAAUCAGCAUAGACUUGAGUUUUAUUUACAGUGACCAAAAGCUCACAAACAGAAUUCAGUUUAUCCAGAGAGCAAAGACCAUAAGAUUUGCUGUGAUUACAGUAAUUGAAUGGCAUCAUAUUAGUUUUCAAAAUAAAUCUAUUUCAUUUCA